CAGAACAUUAGCCCAGCAGCUGCCAAUAACACUCACCGCUGGUCAGACGCCUGUGCCAGCUGCUGGCUGGAAGCCACCCUUUCGCUCUAGAAGCCAAUGGAAGCCGGAGAGCAUGAACCUCGGUUGUUAUAACACAUCUGCUAUUCACAAGGUGGAUAAUAUCUGAAAUGAUUUUGGAAUCAAUUGACUGUUUUUUUACACUAGAAAUAGUCUGAGGUUGUCAAUUUCCCAGGAAAAGGUCAGAGAACAGAUCUCUAGACUCCUUGGCUGAGCUGCUAUUGACAUGGCUGUAAUCUCCAGAGCUGGAGAUAAAGAUUUGACCUCAAAAUGGGACUACAGCUGAUUGAUGUGUAAGUAGAGGGGUUUGGUCUCCCUGUCUCCUGCUCCUCUCUUAUUUUGCUUCAUGUGGGUCUCCUGCUAAUCUGGGCAACUGUAAACUGGUCGGUCUUCAACAUAAAUCCCCCUCUGUCCCUCAUCUGAGAGGGAGAUAAAGAUUCAGAUGUCUGUUUCUGUCCAUCUUCAGAAAAAUAAGCAAUGCUCAUCAGUCCAUCUCUCUUGGAUCUGUUUUCCCAGUGUUUGGAUGUUGUUGUCCCUUUAGGAUUCAUUUAGCUGGAUUCUGGAUUGUUACGUUACACCUCUUGGAGGAGGGAAUGCAACACCGUGCUACAUCUCAACUCCCCGUGGAGCGAAAGACAUCAGAAAAGAGAAGUCAAGACUUGUUGACGUUUCACAGGUGUUUUGAAUAAGCAGGACCAGUGAAUACUUUUUUUUGGAUUGAUUCUGUCUUCAAUCACAUCCUACUUGUAUAAACCUUGCAUGUGAAGGAUCAGAUCUGUAACAGUGACACUGGUUUACGUACAAACUUUUUGUUGUUAUUCUUUGCAUUAAUAACACAUCUGUAUCGUCAAGGAUUCAGUCUCCAGUCUACUUUUUGGUCACAUGAAUGCAAAAGAAAGAGGACUUGCAAGGCAACAAGUAAGAAAGUCAGAUUUGCUAAGUCAAUUUCACCUCAGUCAAAAUACUUUUAUCAGUCAUGCUUGCUGGAGGCAGAGGUGGUGGUGGCAAGGGUGGGAAGUUUUCGGUGGAGGACCUGUAUGGCAUCAGCAAGAAGCCCAAAUCUUCGUCAUCCGCUGGGGGCACAACAGCCAAGAGAGGGUCCAGGAGAGCCCAGCAGAGGAGUGAGUCAGAGAUGGCCACCCAGAUCCUGGAGGCCGCCCACAGGCUGGUGGAGAAACGCAGACUGGAACUGUACCUCAGAGAAUGUGCAAUCUCCCUGACUGACUGUGAGGCUGAACGCAGUGCCAUGAUAUACAGGAACCUGGGGAAGUCUGGUCUGCGUGUGUCCUGCUUGGGGCUGGGCACCUGGGUGACAUUUGGAUCGCAGAUCUCUGACGAGAUGGCUGAGAACCUGAUGACCAUUGCCUAUGAGGCCGGGGUGAACCUCUUUGACACAGCAGAGGUGUAUGCCUCCGGCAGGGCUGAAAUCACCCUAGGGAACAUCAUCAAGAAGAAAGGAUGGAGGCGUUCUAGUUAUGUCGUGACAACCAAGAUCUACUGGGGAGGGCAGGCGGAGACAGAAAGGGGACUCUCCAGAAAGCACAUCAUUGAAGGUUUGAGAGGAUCCUUGUCCAGACUCCAGUUGGAUUAUGUGGACAUGGUCUUUGCCAACCGUAAUGAUGUCAACAGCCCUAUGGAAGAGAUAGUCCGGGCCAUGACCUUUGUAAUAAAUCAGGGCAUGGCAAUGUACUGGGGCACCUCUCGCUGGAGUCCCAUGGAGAUCAUGGAGGCGUACUCAGUGGCGCGUCAGUUUAACCUGAUCCCACCAGUAUGUGAGCAGGCUGAGUAUCACUACUUCAAGAGGGACAAGGUGGAGGUGCAGCUCCCUGAGCUCUACCACAAGAUAGGUGUAGGGGCAAUGACCUGGUCUCCCCUUGCAUGUGGGCUGAUCACAGGGAAGUACAAUGAGGGUGUACCUGACAUCUCCAGGGCUAACAUAAAAGGUUACCAGUGGCUGAAGGAGCGGGUCAACAGCGAGGAGGGACGCAAGCAGCUGGCCAAGAUCAAAGAGCUCCGCCUAAUGGCUGACAGACUAGGCUGCACCUCCGCACAGCUGGCCAUCGCCUGGUGUCUGCGCAGUGAGGGAGUGAGCUCAGUGCUGCUCGGUGUCUCCAAUACUGACCAGCUGAUGGAAAACCUGGGUGCCCUUAGGCUUAUUUCACAGAUGACUCCUCAGACCGUGGCUGAGAUUGACUCACUCUUGGGAAACAAGCCCCACUCCAAGAAAGAGUCACGAGCAUGAAGAGGAACCGAUGGAGAUAAAGGACAGAGUCAGAGAAAGAUGACGAAAAGGUGAUGGCGUCGAGGAACAUCGCUCUUUCACCCUCCAGUAUAAUCAACAACCUGCAUGUCCUCAACAACAUUGUGCUUCCAGUAUUUGCGCAUAUCCAUUCGGCGGUUUGCAUUGUAUCAUGUAUGAGAAAACAAAUCUAUAUUUUAAUGUGCAAAAACAAUGAUUAGAUCAGAUAUAUUACAGAUCCCUCACUGACUGAUAAUGUCUAUGAAAAAGAAGGUGAGGCAGGUAGUCUAGCGGUUAAGAGUGUUGGGCCAGUAACCGAAAGGUCGCUGGUUUGAAUCCCUGAACCGACUAGGUGAAAAUCCGUUCGAUAUGCCCUUGAGCAAGGCACUUAACCCCGUAAGUCACUCUGCAUAAAAGUCUCUGCUAAAUGACGUAAAUGUGAGGCCAAAUCAUGGAGCGUUUGGUUUCUUCCAGAAAGACCAAUGAGGGUAAAGUUGGAGAUAGGAGGUAGUUAAAUGGGGGCCCUCAGUAUCGUCAAGCAAACUGCACUCUACUUUAUCAACAAUGAGAUGAUAACUUUUUGAUGCCAUGAAGCAACUUGAGACACAGCUCUGCACUCUCCCACUGACUUUGUGACCAGUGCUGUCAUAAGACACUCUUUCUCCACAGUUAGUGAGUCGCUAUGACGUUUAGUACCCAGCAGAGAGCCAAAGGUUAGCAGCACAUAGGUGUCUGGCUUGUCAUCUCCUUAUGUGACUGGCCCGUCACUCUGUGUCCUUUAACAGCAGUGUCUUCCUAGGUGUCUUCUCUGUGUAUAAACUGUGUGCAUGUCCCUUUAAGAGAGACCAGCCCAAGCAGGGUGUAAAUGUGGCAUGGCUUUUGUGGUUUGUGUAGAUUUGCAGUGCCCCUCUAAGCAGUCUUUUUGCACUAGCAGGUGGGACGGGCUGAUCUAGGCUCUGCACUGGCGGGCACAUUGUGGAGCUUUACUUUAAUUACUCUCUGCAAGCCCGCUGACAGGGUCUGUGUCUGUGUGACGUGUGUAUUGUCCUCCACGUCAAAACUAUUUCUGCGUCAAUAACAAUGACAACUAAGGCUUUUCCUACUUGUUUUGGAAGAGCCUAUUUACUCAUCCACUAAAGACUGUGGAGAGUGGACCCCCUAAUGAAAGGUACUGUAGGUCAUUCUUCCUCAGCCUUAGACAGCGGGUACAACCCACUGUGGUAAACUAGCAGUCGUUCAAUGUGUUUUUGUUGCUUUGUUUUAACAUUUUAAAUGAGCCCACAUAACAUGCAAAUCAUGACCUUUACAUGAAGAAUUCUUCAAAGUGCAACGUUCGCCCUGUAAUGUUCUGUGUGUUCUAUCUCACUGGGAAUGAGUCAGGCCGAAAGAGGUAGCCGAGUGAACUCAAGUGUGUCUGAAUUGAGAAAUGAUUGGCACCCUUGAUAAAGAUGAGCAUAAAAGACUGUAUAAAAUAGUAAGACAAAUACUGAGCUGUAUUGUACGCAAAAUAAAUGGGGAAAUUAUAUCAUUUCAUACAAAUACAAUUCCUCAUAAAAUAGAUUUUGUUUAACAAGUAAUCAUUUUGUAAAAAAUAUGGAGGUCAAAAUUAUUGUAAUCUGUUUUCAAUACUCCUGCAACCUCCCCUUCCAAGGAUAACAGCAUUGAGCCUUUUUCUAAAAUGUUUUAUGAGAUUGGAGAAAACAUUGGGAGGGAUCUUAGACCAUUCCUCCGUACAGAAUCUUUCCAGAUCCUGAUAUCCUUUGUCUGUGUUUAUGGACUGCCCUCUUCAAUUCAUACCACACGUUCUCAAUGGGGUUCGACUCCAGAGACAGAGAUGGCUAUAAACUGUCUGGACUUGAACCUCAUUGCAUUGCAAAAUGUUGAUUUUGUGGUCAAUUAACCAUUUCUUUGUUUAUUGUUAUGUGUGCUUGGGGUUAUUGUCUUGCUGGAAGAUUCCCUUGUGGUCAAGUUUCAACCUCCUGGCAAAGGCAACCAGGUUUUGGCUAAAAUAUCCUGGUACUAAUUAAAGUUCAUGAUGCCGUUGACCUUGACAAGGGCCCCAGGACCAGUGGAAGCAAAAUAGCCCCAUAACAUCAAAGAUCCACCACCAUAUUUUACAGUAGGUAUGAGGUACUUUUCACAUAUGCAUCUUUCUUUCAACACCAAACCCACCACUGGUGUGUGUGGCCGAAGAGCUCAAUUUUCAUGUAUUCUGACCAUAGCACCGGUUCCAAUCCAAUUGCCAAUGUUGUUAAGCAAACUCCAGGCGUUUACAUUUGUUGGAUGAUGUGAAAAUAGAGGUAUUUGGCCACGAGAGUACAGGGAUGCCCCUAUCUUUUUCAUGUUUGUUUUUUUACUUGAUAGACAAUCUCCUCUGGCCAAUUGUAUUAGUAUAAAAUAACGAUUUUUGAGUAUACAAUAUACAUGUAGUUCAGUAGUUUUAAAGUCUUUUUUGCUCAUCUUAAUCAAGGAUGCCAAUAAUUCUGGGGGUGACUGUAAAUAAUCAUUUGGACUUUGAUUAAAUGCAAUGUGCUUUUUUGUACUUCUCUGGGGAUGAGAUUUAGACAAUGUUGUGUUGGAAGCAGAUUAUAUUGGGUGUUUCAUUGGGCAGCCUGAACCCAGCUGCUUGGCCUAUUUCUGUAGUUCAUUGUAGUUUUUCCUUACCAAAUAUUAUAAUUCUUUCCCAAUUGUAUUAUAACUUUCAGUCAAUUUUUGUCUCUAUUUAACUUCUGUUAAUUCUGCUAUGUGAACCUCUCAUGUUUGUGAACCUUGGUUUGUGGUCAGGCUCAGGAAAACGCUCCAGGGCACUAGUGAAUUUGGAAUGAGAGAGAUUUGUCCCACACUUGUUAUCCCACUGUCAUUACUGAUGAGUGUUCUCUGUGCUUUUUGAUACUGGUUUGUUUGUCUUCUAAUCACUGGUGUAUGUAAAUACUAGAAUAUGGAAUAUUGGAAUGUGACAAAAUGUUGGAUUCUGAAGUGAGCAAACGACAAAUCUAACCAGAUUGACAUGUUGUUUUGUUCUGUGUUUAUGUAUUUUAUUAGCAGGCUCUAAGUUGAACUGAAAAGCAUCCACCUAAUGUACAUAAAUGCCUAGAUCGCUCCUUAAGACUAGCGUUGCCUGCAUAACUUAUAUUUUACUGUCUUGAAACAAAAACCUGAAAAAAGAGAAAGAAGCCUUGAAUGUAUUACUGUAUGCUUGCCCUUAAAAUAUCAGAAGAAAAUUAUACCUCAUAUGUCAUUUGGUGGUCAUGCAACCAGAUCUACCGGCAGCUUGGCAGGGCCACACACACACACACACACACAGUAGUUAUCAUGGUCUGCCUGCCUUUUGGCAAAGCUGAAAAAAUCAAGUAAAGAUUUUGCAUUGAUUUAAAAUCAUAUCAAGCUUCUGUAUAUCCAUGUUCCCCCAAGAACCAUUAAAUGGCUAAAAAAGUGUUUGGUAAUAUUGCGCAGUAUUUCAUUGGCAUGCUACGAGCAGGUUAGAGAAAAUCUUCCAGUGGUUUUCUAUUGAAUGCAUCUCUUAUAUGCAUUAUUUGAUGUUAAUUACUUGGCUCAUCUCACACAGUCACUCAUUAAGGGUUCCACUCAUCCUUUUUUGUGUAGGCAGAGAAAAAAAUACAAGAUGGUUUGCAUUUAGCUGACAACCUUGGGUGAAGGGAACCUCAAGAGAAUCAUUACCAUGGCAGCAACGGACAGGGAUAUUUUGGAGAUGACCAGACAUUCAUCAUUGCCACCUUGUGCCAGUGUGAUUUAAAUGGACUGGUCACCACCUGCUCACCACUAACACUCAUCACCACCUCCAUGCCCCUGGACAUUGUCAAGACCACAGUACAUUAUCCAGGUGCCUGUCACCCCCUUGUUCUAUGCCUUCCUUCUUUUUCUAUCUCUCUUCCCUCUUUGCAAGUCUCAGUUAAUUCAGCCUGUGGUUUCUGUUGAAACCAUAGCACCAAUUUUCUUAAUGAAUUUCUGCCCACUGCAGUUUGAAAUGUAUUGGGAUGAAUCUUGUCCUGGAGGCAAAAGCUGAGCGGUUUCCACUAGAUGAGCCACCCAACAAAGUCAAAAUCAUCUACUUCGUUGAAAAAGAUCAUGAAAACAAAAAAUGUGCUUUAUGGUCUUAUUUCAAUGUUAGGGUUAGCCUCCCAAUCCACAUAUUUAAAUAGUAGUCGUUUUUUUUGUUCAAAUGUAAAAAGCCACACCUUCAUGGAGCCACACCCUUUUUCCCAAUGCAUUUACAGGCUCUUCUCGACCUUAUGGAAUUGAUUGUUUUCCACAGGACGCAAGACACAAUGUGAGUGACUAACGGCCAGCACUAGUACAGAUGUGGCCUGGUGAAUCUGCCUGCUCUCUCACUGCACGUCACAUCACCUCUAUGCGCUCUGUCUAUUUCCCCAUCUUCCCCUUUCAGUCUGUUCUCUGUCACCAGUCUGUCAACCCUUCUCCUCUCUGCUGUCUCUCCAUCUGCUCAGUUCCUCUGUGUUGAAGUAAACACUCUGAGACAGCUGGAUGUCUGACCUUUACAGAGUAAAAGUGAGAAGUGGGGAGGGAGAGACAUCAAGGUAACAGACCAGUAGGCUCUGUUGUGUUUCAGAUGAUGACAGCUUUUUGUGUUAGGACUCUGAAAAACAUGCACUGCACAGACUGGAAAAACAGAAUUUCUGUCUGAUUCCAUCGUCCAAGCACCUUCAAGUUCAACCAGAUCUUUUUUUUAGACAGAACAGACUGAUCUAAACUGACAGAUCAGAUCUGUGUCUGACUCCCAGACAAGGGGGCUUGUCCAGCUCUUCACCUGCUGCUCCUUCCAUUUGCUUGACAGAGAAAUCACAUUGACUGAUACAAUGUCAACAAAGUUCAAUAAAGCAUCCGUAUACACACUGCAUGGUAUACUAGACUUCUGGCCUCCACAACUGUUUACAGAUUUCCUCUUUUCAUACGUAGUUUAACCUGUACUGUAGGACAUCAUCCUACCUUCAACUGAUCAAUCGCUUAGUUUAUUUAUUCAUGAAAAGUAAAGGGAUAGUAAUGCUUUCGAAUUUAAUUCAUGUUUUAAUAUUUAUUUAUUUAAUGGAAAAAAAACAUGUUCUCAUUGAUACAAGUUAUUUAACAUGAAUAUUGCCAUUUAUUGUCUGUUUUUUUGUGUGUGUAAAUUGACCAUCAGAUAACAGCAAAAAGGCACAGUAAAUAAACUCAAGAAACAAAACAAAAAAGAUGAUUCAACAUAUAUUAUUUCAGUACAUUCACUACCAACAAUUUGUCCAGACAUAGAAGGCUAUAGUAAAUAGCCUGUUAUGUUGAUUAUUCUAAGAAAGAAUUGGCUAGCUCUUAGAUAAUUUUUCAGUAUCUUUUUUUGUUUUCUUGUUGUGUUAUUUCUUUCAUUAUUUGCUUAGAACGUUUCUUGUAUUAUUACCUACAGCCGGACACAUCAUUAUAUGUAUAUAUACUGUAUUUACAUUCAGGUCUCUGACAUUGCUGGUUCUAAUAUUUCUUUAUUUCUAUUUAUUUUCUGGAUUAUGUGUGUAUAGUUUAUUUAAUUUUUGCUAUGUAUUAGCUACUGCACUGUUGGAGCUAGAAACACAAGCAUUUCGCUGCACCUGCGAAAGCAUCUUCAAAUCUGUAUACAUGACCAAUAAAAAUAGAUUUUAUUUCAA